GCGAGUAGGAAGCGCGAGCGCCGGGCGCCGGGGCUGUCAGUGAGCUUGGGGCCAGCGAGUGUGCGAGCGAGAGAGCGAGAGAGCGAGCGAGAGAGCGGCUCCGGUUCCGCUCAGCGCAGCGCAGCGCCGCGCCGGCUCCACUCUCCGCGCAGCCGCCUCAGCCCCUUGCCCGGGGUCGCCCGGCGCCUCUCCUCCGCCGGCCGGCUCGCCCGCCCACCCCGGCCCUCGCCGGCUGCUGCUCCCCGGCGGAGGCAAGAGGUGGUUGGGGGGGACCAUGGCUGACGUUUUCCCGGCCAACGACUCCACGGCGUCUCAGGACGUGGCCAACCGCUUCGCCCGCAAAGGGGCGCUGAGGCAGAAGAACGUGCACGAGGUGAAGGACCACAAAUUCAUCGCCCGCUUCUUCAAGCAGCCCACCUUCUGCAGCCACUGCACCGACUUCAUCUGGGGGUUUGGAAAGCAAGGCUUUCAGUGCCAAGUUUGCUGUUUUGUGGUUCACAAGAGGUGCCAUGAAUUUGUUACUUUUUCUUGUCCGGGUGCGGAUAAGGGACCUGACACUGAUGAUCCCAGGAGCAAGCACAAGUUCAAAAUACAUACCUACGGGAGCCCCACCUUCUGCGAUCACUGUGGGUCAUUGCUAUACGGACUCAUCCACCAGGGGAUGAAAUGUGACACCUGUGACAUGAAUGUCCACAAGCAGUGUGUGAUCAAUGUCCCCAGCCUCUGUGGAAUGGAUCAUACCGAGAAGAGAGGGCGGAUUUACUUGAAGGCUGAGGUCACCGAUGAGAAGCUCCAUGUCACAGUUCGAGAUGCAAAAAACCUGAUUCCCAUGGAUCCAAACGGGCUCUCAGAUCCUUACGUGAAGCUGAAACUCAUUCCUGAUCCCAAGAAUGAAAGCAAACAGAAAACCAAAACCAUCCGCUCCACACUAAACCCCCAGUGGAAUGAAUCCUUUACAUUCAAAUUGAAACCCUCUGACAAAGACCGACGACUAUCUGUAGAAAUCUGGGACUGGGAUCGAACCACGAGGAAUGACUUCAUGGGAUCGCUUUCCUUCGGUGUUUCAGAGCUAAUGAAGAUGCCGGCAAGCGGAUGGUACAAGUUGCUGAACCAAGAAGAAGGGGAAUACUACAAUGUGCCCAUUCCAGAGGGCGACGAAGAUGGAAAUGCAGAACUCAGGCAGAAAUUCGAGAAAGCCAAGCUGGGGCCCGCUGGCAAUAAGGUGAUCAGUUCCUCAGAAGACCGGAAGCCUUCCAACAACCUGGACAGAGUGAAGCUCACCGACUUCAACUUCCUCAUGGUGCUGGGGAAAGGGAGUUUCGGGAAGGUGAUGCUGGCCGACCGAAAGGGAACAGAAGAGCUGUACGCCAUCAAAAUCCUGAAGAAGGACGUGGUGAUUCAGGACGAUGAUGUGGAGUGUACCAUGGUGGAAAAGCGGGUCCUGGCCCUGCUGGACAAGCCGCCCUUCCUGACGCAGCUGCACUCCUGCUUCCAGACAGUGGAUCGACUGUACUUCGUCAUGGAAUACGUCAACGGCGGAGACCUCAUGUACCACAUCCAACAAGUGGGGAAGUUUAAGGAGCCACAGGCAGUGUUCUAUGCAGCUGAGAUUUCCAUCGGAUUGUUCUUCCUUCAUAAAAGAGGCAUCAUCUAUAGGGAUCUGAAGCUCGACAAUGUCAUGCUGGAUUCAGAAGGACACAUCAAAAUUGCCGACUUUGGGAUGUGCAAGGAGCACAUGAUGGAUGGGGUCACGACCAGGACCUUCUGUGGGACUCCAGAUUACAUUGCCCCAGAGAUCAUUGCUUAUCAGCCUUAUGGAAAAUCCGUGGAUUGGUGGGCCUACGGCGUCCUGCUGUAUGAGAUGCUAGCUGGACAGCCUCCAUUUGAUGGUGAAGACGAAGAUGAACUGUUCCAGUCCAUCAUGGAACAUAACGUUUCCUACCCCAAAUCCUUAUCCAAGGAGGCUGUCUCCAUCUGCAAGGGACUGAUGACCAAACACCCAGCCAAGCGGCUGGGCUGCGGGCCCGAGGGCGAGCGGGACGUGAGGGAGCAUGCCUUCUUCCGGAGGAUCGACUGGGAGAAACUGGAGAACAGGGAGAUCCAACCACCGUUCAAGCCCAAAGUGUGUGGCAAAGGAGCCGAGAAUUUCGACAAGUUCUUCACCAGAGGACAGCCCGUCCUCACGCCGCCGGAUCAGCUGGUCAUCGCGAACAUAGACCAGUCUGAUUUCGAAGGGUUCUCCUAUGUCAACCCCCAGUUUGUGCACCCCAUCAUACAGAGCUCAGUAUGAGAAUCGCCAGCAAGAACCAUCACCUCCCCACGUCCCCAGCACCCCCAGCAGCAGGAAGUGAUCCUUAACCCUAAAAUUUUAAGGCCACGGCCUUAUGUCUUUGUUCCACAUGGAGGCCUGAAAAUUGUAGGGUUAUUAGUCCCAACGUGAUCAGCUGUCCAGGGUCUCACUGUUAAAACCAAGAAUGUUAUCUUAGCAGAAGACAAAAUCGGUGUAGUGUGGCCAGUUUGAUCAUGUAGAUGUUGCACCUUCCGUAGGCUAACCCUUCCCAGGCAAAAAGCAGACUUUUACCCUCCCCCCUUUUUGGGUACGAUUUGAUAUAUUUUCCAUAUCCUUUGGCUGGAUGUCACCAUCAGGAUCCCCCAAGCAGAGAUGUGAAAAUGGACACCUGCCCCCCGCCUAGGGGACUGGAAGCAUGUCUCCAGAAUGAAGGAAUGAGGAGCUCGGAGAGGGAGUCAGGAAGGGCCAGGACUGGGGCAGCCUUCAGGAUACUCCCAUCUGCCGUGUUCUCUGCCUCCAUGGAGACAGACCCUCAGGUCAAUCGGAGAGGCCAGGAUGAACUAACCCCCAUCCCCCAACGAUGACAUGGCAUAUCCCAACCCUAGCCCAACGGACACCAGCUUCGAGAAGGAAGACCAUCUCCAAGGAGCACUGGUGACUCUGUCACCUGGCCCCCUACUUGGUGGGUAACUGUCUUGAUACUUGCAAAAUUUUUUAAGAGGCCAAACCGUGAAGGACUUUGCUAAGCAAGCACAUGGAAUCAUUUCAGAUGACACAAGAGCAGUGUGUAUGGGUGUCCCUAAUCUCUGGGAGCUGGCUCCUCCUUCUAGGGUGCCAUCAGAAACCAUGCCACUACUCACGCAUCUUGUUAGCCAACCCCCUCCUUCCCCCCGACCCCCUUGCCACCUAUGUUAUCACCCUCCCUGAAAAUCUGAAGUGUGUGCCCCAUCCCCUUUUGUACUUAUUUAUUUAUUAGGCUGCAGUAACAUUUAGAAAAGUACGCUGUACAGGAACCUAAGCUGGUGACUCCAGCAUCAGUCCCCUCUGGCUGACCUCCCCGUCCCUCCACUAGGCCCCGACGUCCACUUGGGGGUGGAAGGCAAUGUGGGUUGGGUCCCCAUUUCCAGUCCCCAUUGGAUGACACUCCUGGAGCGAUAGAAUCAGGACACAGGAUGCUCUAUGAGUAGAAGGAUUUUCAUACGUUUUGCAGAUGCAUCAUGCAAUGAAUUUUGCAUGUUUCUAAUAAACCUUAAUAACAAGUGAAAUCUAUAUUAUUGACAUAACCAUAUCAAGUAUAAAGAGAGUAUUAUAUAAUAAUUUUAUAAGACAUAAUCGUGCUCUGUGAAGGCUCAUGUUUCUAACCUCUGUGAUUAAGUUUAUAGAUUCAUUCUUUGCUGAGAUGCCUCCGUAGCUCUGCCCCUCCCUUCCACCAUCCACUCCUCCGUGUUGCAUCUUGGCCCCAUAUCCAGUACGUUGAUUAUUUUUUUCAAUGUAGAUCUAAUUUUAGAAACAAAUGGCUCCUUCCCAUGCCCAGCUAGGCUUGCCCUGUACACGAAUGUACAUAGUCCAUCCUCCUUGCGGACAGAUGUGGUGUUGGUAGCAAUGACCUUAGAGAUGCAGCCUCUGCACUUCGUGAUGCUGUCCUCUGUUUGGAUUCCUCACCAUUCUUCCUCUUGCGGAUAGCUGCAAGUCUCUGUAACUUCCCCGGAUAAGGGCUGUGCGUGCACUUAAGGCGGUAUCACAGCACCUGGACUGAACUGAGUGUGUGUGUGUGUGUGUGUGUGUGUGUGUGUGUGUGUGUGUGUGUGUCUGUCUGUGCGUGCACAUGUGUGCAUGUAUUUGCUCAUUCCUCUUCUCAGCCUUAUGGCUGUUGAUAACUCUGGGGUGACAGGGACCAGGAGACUCCCUUCUUUGCUAUAUCCCGGGACACCCUGGAGUCUUGAGGUCCACAUGCUGUCCCUGGGUAACCUGCCAUUUGCUCCAACAUGUGCAGACCUCAUGAGACGAACCACGUGUGUACCACCACCACCAGCCCAGUCAUGUCUGGCAGGUGCCAAGGGACUCCGUGGGGAGCAGGGUCAGGGUAUGUCCAGCCCAUAGGUUGCAGAAGACCUAAAAAUUAUUUGGUUUGGUCCUGCCAAGAAAACCAAAGGUAGUACUCCAAAUUCAAUAAAUCCAUAGCAGGCUAAUUUUUAAAUUGGUCAUUUGGUGAAUGAGAUUACAAAUAUCCAGUGGCCCUUAGUCGCAAAAAAAAAAAAACAUCCCCUAGUGCUCGUGGAGGCUGCCCUUGCCUUCCACAUGUUGCCAGAAUUGGCCCCUCCCCAUUCAACAAUGGCCUCAGAAGAGCUAGACUUCUGCAGGAUAAAAGUGACCAUGACAGUAGCUGUUGGUCCAAAUCAGCUGUUAUAUUCACACGCCUCCCACUCCAGGCAGGAGUCUCCCAGCUCAGCUGUCUUCACAGUGGCUAUAGCAUUUGUCUGGAAUUCAUGGCUUUGAGGCGAGACUCAGGCUGUGCACUUUGGCUCUCAAGGACCCUAACUCAGGGCUCUCUACAUGCCCACUGGUCAGUGUGUGCCCACAGAAAAGGGGCUGAUCUGUAGACAGCUCAGGAGACACAAAGUCCAGCUGCCAGCCCCAACACAGAAGCAGCAGGCUAGCUGACCCCAGCCUGUCCCCCAGGAGUCGAGCAAAAUCCUGCAGAGAGACACCUGUCAGCAGGUGUGUGUCCUUUCAGAGUGUAAGCGACAGACCCUGAGCCUGGAGCCCAGCCCUCUGCCAAAGAAGCAAUCUCCAGAGCAAAUCAGGAGGGGCAGGAAUAAGCAGGGCCUGUGAAGGACUGCCACGGGGUCAGCUGUUGGCUUACACGGUGCUGGCUGUGGGCUUGCCCCAAAUCUAAGGCUGAGCAGUGAAGCAGUUAUUGCUAAAAGACUAACUCAUGUGGGCAACUGCUCAUGACUCCUGCCUCUCCCACAAAUCAGUCUAUCAAAUUCCAUUCCAUCAUCCCACAUCUGGGUCCUUUGUGCGAAGUGACAUGGCAGAGAUGGUUCCAGUGUUCAAGCCUGGCAUCUAAAAUGUGCAUCUUGGAUGGAGCCUCAGGUUCCCCAGGGGACCCUCCACUAACUACCUGCCGCUGUUGCCAGGGCCUGUAGGGGAAAUUCUAGUAUAAUCUGAAACUCCACAGGACCCACAAGGUGGUGACCCCAAAAAGAUCACUGAAAGUCACUUUGCAUUAUGUUGAGUGGUGAGACACAGGUUAAAGGGCUGGCGGAAGACACGGUGCUGCACCUGCAGUCACCAGGUGCCCAGGUUGAAUGGAAGGAACCCAAGGCUGCUUCCAGGGGCAGCCCUCGGAGGCCUGUACAGACUUCCCUGCAGAACUCCAUGCAGAGGUGGACAGGAAGCCCAGGGAAACCCCAGGAAACCAAACGAUGGCUCCCCCGGUGGCCUCAGCAGAGGAGGGGGCUUGCUGCAGUGAGGGUGCCGGUGCCCAUGAAAGGGCCAAGAAGGGCAAGGUGGCGAGCGGGAGGCUGCAGCAUGUCCUGCGGCUUUGCUGUGGGGAGCCAUGGAAGCCACUGCCUGCGGGCCCUUGAACCUAUUUUUGCCAGACACAGCUUGUACCUCCUACCCCCGGCUGCCAGCAACACCCCUUCCUGCCACAGCAGCCCCUGCUCUUGCCUGAAGCAGCUCCUCAUUCUCUCAGGCAGUGGCUAGCAGGGAGAGGCCACCCAGCAGGAGAGAUAGAGCCACUGAAAGUGAAUGGGAAAGUGGCAAAAAUAGACGAGGCAGCCACAGCCAUUCACACCUGCUCCCUCAAGGAAGAGCUGGGGGAUGGGGCCGGACUGUGUUUUGUCAGCCCUGCUCAGUGGGAGUCUGAGGUUUUUUAAAAGCUUCAGGCAAUACCACCUGACCGUGACUUUCUCACUUUGGUCAUGUGAAGCACCCUCUGUUGUUUUGGGCAGUAGUCUCGAUUCCAGCUUCCAUGCGGUCCAGCCACCUGCUCCCCCUACAGAGUGCCACCUUCAGGACCAGGAGGGCAGAGGCCCAGGCAGGUCACAGGGACAGUUGUGACCCUGAGCAAGAGAGCAUAAACACUGCGCUAGUUAAUGACCCAGGAGUAUUGGGAAAUGUGUUUGCCAUCUGUUUCUUUCAGCUGCUUCGGUUACUCGUUUUGGUUCAUCCUGGGCAGUCUGCUUUUUCCCAACUUUUCCCAUUUGAGCCAGGGCAGUACAUCCAGGGAGUGCAGCGUUGUCUGUGUUGGAAGUUCCAGGAUGCUGGGAAAUGCCUCCUGAGUUAUACAAGGAUGAAGAUAAAAUGGCAUCAGUCACCAGUUGUAUUAACUCUGUGAUGUCGGGGCGAUGGCUGGGGUAGAGGCGAGAUUGGCUGUGAUUACCCUGGGCUCCACUGUGUGGUCAGCCCUCAGUUGUUGAUGGUGUCAAGCCACACUUAGCCAUUGAACAGCCUUACGAUGUCCCUAAGCCUGAAACCCACAGGUUCCAAAGACCUUUUGUUUUUUAACCUUAUCUAAGAAAUAAAUGUGUUAACUCCAACAGAGCAACACUGUAUACUGGGAUCUUUGUACUUUUUUAUAGAAAACUUAAAUAACUCUUUUAAAAAUGAAUUUUUAAAACAAAGCUGCUGUCACUGCUGUCAGUUUCCAAGAUUCCAGUCACGGAGUCUGUGGGCAGACUCCACUGGCCUCCACUAGAGUGCCCCCAACCCACAGCCCCACUGCAGACUUUUCCCAUGGUGGUGGACUCUCAGUUAAGAAUCUGAGACUGCCUGCAUUUUUAGUGAACACCGGAGACAAAUCUAGAAACUUCUAGGUGGUAGGAAAACCAGCUUUAGGGUCCCCCCUCCAGAUGUGGCUAUGGGACAGUAUUCCCAGAGAUCUCGGGGCCCUUUUCCUCGCUCGCUCUGUGAGGGUCUGUGACCACCUGUUGACCAAAGGAGGAGACAAUGUGUCAUUUCUGUCCCAGCCUUCUGGGGCCCCAGGUUUCCAUACUAGGGGGAGAUUCAGAGCCGCUCUUGAAAGAUUUCGCUCACUUGGAAUCCCUCCAGCUCCUCGAACAGAAACAGGAGAUGGCAGCAGACUCACCUGCCGGCCUCCUCUUUUGUGGAAGGAGACAGAACCUGCCCUGCAGAAAGCGGCUGUCAAGGCCACCCUCGAAGGGCGGCUAUGUGAUGUCAGGUUGAACAACCAAGUCCGUGGCUUCUCCUUUAAUGUAAGAGUCUCCACUCCUGGGUGGGUUUGCAGACUCGAGUUUCUCUCUUUCCUGGGGGGCUGUAAUCUCCCAGGGAGGGAAUCUAAGGUGUCUCUUAAGUCACACCUCCUCUCCCUUCUCCUCGGGUCUUUCACAGUAUCUUUUAUUUAGAUGGUCAGAAACAUUUGCACCCUUGCUUUUGCUCUGUGUGUGUGUGUGUGUGUGUGUGUAAGAACAUGCCAUGUUUAAAUUAUUAAUUGAAAAAAAAAACCAUCAUUUAAGAACCCAAAUGUGCACAGAGGAAGAGAUGGAAGAUGAGGGUAUUUUUUUUUUCCUUUCUGUAGAAGCACCUACUGACAAGAUAUUUCUUCCCAAGCAGGUGAGAUGGGUGUGUAAAUGACCACAUUGCUCCAUUUGUACAACUUCUGAUCUGUGUUUGCAUGCGAUGCUUUGUUACAUACAUUAGCUGUGGUUUGGAAGCAAGUGUGUUCGAAUAAAGAUAACGAUCAUUCCUCGCA